GGCGCCCUGUCAGCUGCUGCGCUUUCGCCUCAGCUGCCACAUAGAGGCGUUGCAUGUCUACUGCUAGGCUACGCCUCCUCCCAUUGGUCCGUUCCUUUCUCUGGGUGGGACGUUCAGAUGGGCCAUCUUUAUAAAGUGGUACAUUGCCCCUUUCAGUGCUUCAGUGAUACUGCGUGCCAGCGGUGGACAACAGUGCAAAAAAAAAAAAGCUCAAGCCGUAAACGAAAAGCAACGGUGACAGCAGUCCAUAUAGCCUAACUUUAAAACUGACAGCAGAAGGAGGUGAAUUGAGUAGCCAGAAUUCCAUAUCCUUCGUCGGGCUGCGCUGGAGCGUCCCACAAGAGGAACUUACUAAGAUUUGUCCCACACAUUGUUGCGGUCCGCGUUUGCUGGUGACUGUGUAAAAAGCUACAGCAGUAGGAGCAUCAUUCCUUUGGACUUCGAGGUAAAGUCUGCCGUUUUCUGAACUUGACGCGCGCGUGUUGUGUGGUGGACUUUUCUCGACAUGUGAGGAAAGUUUUCGCUUUCUUCCCAUGAAAGCUUAAACUUCGUUGCCUCCAGUUAGAAGGAACUUAAAACACGGAGGUGAAGAAGGAUAUUUGAAGUCUCUGAUACUAAAAGGACGGUUUCUCUGCUUUACCUCAGUGAAGCGAGGACGAGUCAGGUUGGUGGUUUUGAAUUCAAGAGUCUCAAGUUUCUGCCGCCCUGGCCAGUGAUAUUAACGCGUGAAUUUGACCUGGGAUAAGUUGUCAACAAGAGGCAAACUGGCUAGUGCACAUUUACAUGCAUGGGCAUACGUAUAUCUAUAAAUAGAAGCUCGUGCCAAUGUAUUAAACCCUGGCCACUUAUCUUCAUCAUUCACCUUCGUCAUAAUCCCAGUGAAACCCACGUGUGUCGCUUUGGCUGUUAGGGUAGGUGUCGUCGCAUGGACUGACAUGGCCACCGAUCUCGCCAUGAGCGCAGAUUUGCCCAACAGCCCUCUGGCUAUUGAAUAUGUCAACGACUUCGACCUCAUGAAGUUUGAGGUCAAAAAAGAGCCCCCGGAGGCCGACCGCUAUUGCCACCGCCUGCCCCCGGGCUCGCUGUCCUCCACCCCUAUCAGCACGCCCUGCUCCUCGGUGCCUUCCUCGCCCAGCUUCUGUGCCCCCAGUCCCGGGUCUCAGCCUGGGCAGAACCUCGUAAAUGGCGUCAACAACAACAACAGUGGCAACAACAACAACACCCAAGGCUCCUCGGGAAAGCCGCAGCUGGAAGAUCUGUACUGGAUUCCCAACUAUCAGCAUCACAUAAGUCCAGAGGCCCUCAACCUGACGCCCGAGGACGCGGUGGAAGCACUCAUCGGUAACGCGCACCACCACCAUCACCACCACCAGCCCUACGAGGGAUUCCGCGGUCAGCAGUACGUCGGAGAAGACCUCUCGGCGGCCACGAACGGUCACCACCACCCGGUGCACCACCACCACCAUCAUCACCACGGCCACCACGCGCACGCGCGCCUCGAGGACCGCUUCUCGGACGAGCAGCUGGUGAGCAUGACAGUGCGCGAGCUUAACCGGCAACUGAGAGGCUUCAGCAAAGAAGAGGUGAUCCGUCUCAAGCAGAAACGGCGAACCCUGAAGAACCGCGGCUACGCGCAGUCGUGCCGCUACAAGCGCGUGCAGCAGCGUCACAUGCUUGAAAGCGAAAAGUGCACGCUCCAGAGCCAGGUGGAGCAACUCAAGCAAGACGUGGCGCGUCUCAUGAAAGAGCGGGACCUGUACAAGGAGAAGUACGAGAAGCUCGCGAGCCGAACCUUUAACGGCGGCGGCGGCAACGGAGGCGGAAACACUCGGGACCCGUCCAACGGCACUCACGGCAAAACCACUUCCACGGAAUUCUUCAUGUGAGAGUGAUUCUUGUUAAAGACUUUUUCCCACACCAACGUAUUCGUUUUUUAAACCUUAAUUUUUAUGAUUUUCAGUGUGAAUCUUAUUUGCCGUUCUUAUCUUAAAUACUCAAUGUCCAUUUUAGAACAUACACUCUUGAAAAUAAAGGUUUUACAGUCAGGGGAACCUUUUUAAAUUCCACAAAUACAUAUUUUAUUCUCAAGGACUUUAGAGAAACAUCUAGGCUAUGUACUGGUGCAUUAAAGAACUCAAAUCUGGAGAACCCAGAAUGUAACAUCCAAAACUUUUUCUUCUCCAAAGAACUACUCACUUUUACAGCCAAAAUGGUUAUUGAUAAGAAGGCCAAGUCCUUUGCUGAACUUGGUGCUGAAAACAAACACCGAGGAACCUUUAUUUUUAAGAGUGUAGAGCCUAACAUUACAGCGCCACGUUUAAAGUUUUCACGCAUUAUUUGUGUAUUACUGCGCCAUAAAAGUCUUAAGGUUAGUGUAAUGUUAGGAUUAUCUUCCACAGAUACUGCACGGACCCUUCUACUUCAUAAAACCUCCGAUCUAAACAUGGGAUCAGGCAUAUCCUCCAAAGACCCAUCAGUUUUGGAUUCUGUAAAUUCGUAUGUUUUGUUCUUUCUUUUUUAGUAAUAGGCUAACUGCAAAGUCCGACAUGUUUAGAGACAUACAGCCGCAUCCUUGAUAUUUGUUUCUUGUCUUAACGGAUUGACGAGUCUUAAUGGCGAUGAGAAAAUACUGGAAACGAAACUUCAGCUUGUGAAGGAACUUUGGAAGAAACAAUAAUAAUAUUUAAACACUUUAAAGCAGAAAGGGAGAUAGCAAUACAUCCUUGACUUUUCUCAGUCAUGAACUGAGGUUGAGGGGGCUUGUGAACUUUGAGGGCCCUCAAGCAUUGCUCAAGUCUGCAUUACCCCACUAAUCCUGCAUGCGGGACAUGUAUGGUACUCCAAACGCGCCAGGUCCUUUCUCUCUUUUCCCCAUACAGCACUUGGAUGAAAAGCAUGGCCCUUAACCACUCUCUCUUCUCUCAUUUUUUUUUCUUUUCUUUUUUUUUCCGUUUCUUCUGCUCGACACAAACCGUGUGAAGGCGUUCCUGUGAAAUCACACGAAAUCAGUCCUUACAUUUUUUUCCAUAUUGUUUAAAAGUACAGAAUAAGAACAAAGAAACAAAAAAACCGAACUGAGCCAGAGUUAUUUAUUCCCACUUGUACAUAUGUAGAGGUCGAUUGGUGUGUUAAUUUAACUUUCUUUUCAAAGUCCUUUUUGCUUGAUUAUUUAAAACGUCUUAAUACGAUGUUUGUAUGUAGUAGCAUGCAAAUGACAAAGUUAUUCUCAUUCUAUUGAAUAUGUACAAUUUCAAAGGAAGCCUACUGCACUACGAUUCAAAGAAUUGGGAUUUAUAUAAUAUUUCUUUUCCUCUGUGUUAAUCAAAUUGCUGUUAUGGUGGACAUAGUCGAUCAAAAGUGCAUAUAAACACAAGGACUUUAAUUGCUGCUAAUAUUCUAUGCACCAAAUUCGAAAGCAAUUAACAGAAGCUCUGAUUAUGUGAAUUUUGUACUUCAAAAUAAAUGAAGGUAUGUAGAAAUUUGGUUAGACAUGGAUAUUACACAAAAAUAAUAAGAUCAUCUCUUGAAAGUUUUUUUUUUUUUUUUCUUCUUUUUUUUUUUUUUAAUGGCCGGGGUGAUAAACGACACAAAACUGUUAACUUCAAAUACACGACAACCGUCGUUAAUAAGGCUAGAAGGGUUGUUUUAACUUUUUAUGACAUAUUAAAAAACUGUAGCAUAUGCUGUAUAAAGCAGUUGCCUGUUGUUUUGCAUUGCAACAUUGUGAUGAUAAUAGGCUUCAUACUCAAACUACAGGUAGAUGUCGCAAGAUUAAAUGCGGAUAUAAUUCAACAAUAACAGAGAGACUUGUGUGCAAACUUGGCUAAAAGUAAACGUGCGCAUUUGAUUGACCAUUUGAGGUUGAAGUAUAGCCCAUAUUGUUUCGGCUAAAGGAAAAAGUUGCCAAAGUGGAUUAUCUAAUGCACCUAAAUUAUCCGUUUUUAAAUUCUUUCCGACCUGUGUAUGCUUAGUUCCCUAACAAAUCUAUCGGCCAGACUCCAAAAAUAAUGUCUUCAAGUAUGCUCCUCUACCUGGGUUAGUAUGCUUGAUAUUCUCACCACUGUUAACAUUGAUUUAAAUUUUUUGUUUUUUUGAUAAAUUAUGAAUUAUGAUGCAGUUCGUUAUGAAGCAAUCUCUCUGUCUAUUGGUCUAAUUUGAGGCACAGCGGCUUGAGGUUGCAUAACCACAUGUGCUGUCCUGUGUGCUGUCUUAUGUAAACAAAUAAAUAAUAAAAUGGAAAAAAAGAAAAAACUGUACAUAGCCUAUAAUUUCUAUAUAUUUAUCGAAAAUAUAAAUGUCCUUACGUGUCAGUAAGUCCAAACCAAAAUGUUUCGAAAUGGAAUGUUGUUCAGAAUCUUGUUUUCAUAAUGUUUAAUAAAAACUUCUGUCAAAUGCUUCA